UACGUCUCGAGCCCGGCAAAGUGGAGCGCCGAGCGGUCAGCGAUCGGCUAGCGAGGGCUGGAGCGGGUGCCCGGUGCGGGGUACUGCGGCUCGGUGGGCUAUGGCUUCCGGCGGCUGGCGCUGGCUGCGCGCCCUGCGGGCCGUGGGGCAGCCCCUGUUCCAAGGCCGUGCGCUGCUCGUCACCAACACGCUGGGCUGUGGUGUUCUUAUGACUGUCGGGGACGGUGUGCGCCAAUCCUGGGAGGUCCGCGCCCGGCCUGGCCAGAAGUUCAACCCCCGGCGCUCAGCGAGCAUGUUUGCAGUGGGCUGCAGUAUGGGUCCCUUCCUGCACUACUGGUACCUCUGGCUGGACCACCUGCUCCCAGCGUCUGGCCUCCCUGGCCUCCCAAACGUCCUCAGGAAGGUCCUCAUCGACCAGCUGGUGGCCUCUCCCAUGCUAGGCGUCUGGUACUUCUUGGGCCUGGGCUGCCUGGAGGGCCAAACCCUGGAUGAGAGCUGCCAGGAGCUGCGGGACAAGUUCUGGGAAUUCUACAAGGCCGACUGGUGCGUUUGGCCAGCAGCCCAGCUGGUGAACUUCCUCUUCGUGCCCUCACAGUUCCGAGUCACCUACAUCAACGGCCUGACACUGGGCUGGGACACAUACCUCUCCUACCUGAAGUACCGGGUGAGCUCGGUGGGCGGACCGGACACCCAGGGGGCUCCUCAGGGGCCACAUGUGUAAACUCCAAGUGGCAGUUCAGCUGUGCUCUAGGGUGAGGUCCUCCUGGGCCUAUGAUAAUCUGCCAAGCACAGCAGGUAGGCGGGGAGCUGAUCCCCAGCAGGGUGAACACCCAGCCUCUCUGCUGUUUGAUGACCUUGGCCAGGUCCCUGCUGCGUCUGUUCCACAAGACUGAGCCCAGCGAGAAGACAGGUGGGUGAGGACUCGCUUGGGUGAAGAGGAGUCCACAAGGGUGGACGGGGUGUGUGAGCAGACAGACGCCUCUUGCACGGACAGAUCCGGGGCCAUCCACUCCUGGCUUUGUGGCCCUGGUCACCGUGCGGACUGAGCUGCCCCAGCCUUCCCAGCUGGGUGCCAGACAGGGCGAGACUGACUCUGAGCACAACAGGCCUGGUCCCGGCCCUUCCCCAACCCCUGGGCAUCUGGCUGGGCUGCCCCUUCCAAGCCCAGUAUAAGACCUGUUUCCCCAUCUGGAAGACAGCCGUGAAGAUGGUCAUCCAGGAGCCCCUCUCCCCACGGGCCCUCUGUGAACCAGUGACAGAGGUGUUCCCAUCUGCAGCACCUGGCCCAAGCCAGCCAGUCCCAAGCCCCAGCGCCUCAACACGGUUAUGAGCUGGGCGCUGGGCACAAGGUGGGGACACAGCCUGGAGUUAGCCCCCAGAAACCGGAGCCUAAGGCAAGGCCCGGUGGCCUCCGUCUCAUACUCAGGUCACAGACUGUAGAAAUUCUAUUAAAUUCUCUCAUCAUUGCAAUUCCUGUGGGUGACCAAGGCCACCGUGGCAGGCUGGCACUCAUAGGGACACAGUGUCA